AGGCAGCGGCCGUAUCCAAGUCCGUAACUACAGAGCUCAUCAUCAUCAUCAUCAUCAUCCUCAACAACAUGGCGCCAGCGUACAGCUGGAUCGCACAUACACGCCAAGGCUUUUUUUUCACGAAGUUAGUAAACUAACUAAACGCAGCAUCGCGAAGAUUUUUUCUUGUCUUUCUCUUUACUCUUCAUGUUACCUAGUUCGUUUUCUGUCUUUGAAUGCAAAACUCGUCGGUUUUUGGUCAUCUUUGGUCACCAAACUCACCUGCUUUGCAGAAAGAACAGUCCGUUCUUCACUGGACUCACUGUUGCUGUCUGUCUCAAAGCGAAAGGGAAGUGAAGAUUGAGAUUACGCAGACGGGGAAAGUGCUUUUCCAACAGAAAUACGCCAUGUAACUGCUCAAAAGUUGUUUUUCAGAGGAGAUGCUUCUAAACAUGAGUGAAAAUAACUGUCCGCUGGAAGAAAGAGAUAGAGACAGACUUCCUCCCAUAAUAAGUCAUGGCUUGGAUCGUGGUCCGAAGCUCCCUUUUCCCUCUUAUGGAAGCUUCAUCUCCACCCUGAAUCACAAGAGAGAAUCUGGCAGCCACAGUUUCUCCUCUCCACUCCUGUUACCUGCAGUUAAAGUGAGAGAGCUUCCCCCAAUAUGUCCAGAUGUGAGACAGAAGCAUCGUAUCUCUAUUGAUGUUCUCCCUCCAGAAGUAAAGGCUCGGUUCAUCUCAGAACCCAUUAUUCCCAUUCGGACCAAAACUGCCAAAGAGUUUCAGGAUGAUGUUGAAAAGGCAACUAUCUCAGGGGAUUGGAAGCAGGUCCAUGAAUUCUACUUGACCACAUUUGACUCCUUUUUGGAAGUCAAUGCUGCCUUUAAGAAAGAAGCAAAUGCUCCCUUCAAUACGAUUGAAGACUCAGGAAUAAACAUCAAAUUUGUCAACAUUGUUUAUGAUGCCUUACUCCACACACCCGCAGACACACAGAAAUCAGUCCUGAAGGGAAUCAUUAAUAGCUUAUUACGAGAAUGGAAAGGGCCUCGCACAAAGGAUGACCUUAGAGCGUAUUUUGUUCUUGUGCAGAACCCUCAGUACACCAGCCCAGCCACAUAUGUCAUCUAUGCACACUUACUGAGGCAAAUAGCAGCCCUGGCUGAAGCGGACCACCAUUUCCUCAUGCACUGGUUUAAAAAACUGCCUCAGAAGCGUUUCAAACAGUUGGUGGAGCGCUUGCAGCUCUUCAUCACAAACCGCCUAUUUCCUUCCAAGCCAGAAGAGUUGCCGCCCAUGGCCAAAUGCUCCUGGUGGAUUCCCUCAGCCACUAAAGUCCUCUCCCUACUCAAUGCAGCAAACAGCAUUUCCUCUUCCCCUAUCAUCCCUUUCUCUGAUUUCUACAACCUGACGCUGGACCACAUUGAUUUUAUGGAGGAUUAUCAUACGUGGCAAGCUCAUGGAAAUUCAAACAGGUUCACCUUCUGUCAGUUCCCCUUCAUCCUGUCCACGGUGGUGAAGAAGGCCAUCAUCCAAAGAGACUCUGAGCAGCAGAUGAUCAGCAUGGCAAGGCAAACCCUGGUGGACAAGGUCUCUCGCAGGCAGAGGGUGGAUAUGAGUCUGCUGUUUCUCAACAUUAAAGUUAGGCGUCUGCAGCUGGUCAGUGACUCACUGGAUGAGGUAACGCUUUCUAGAAAGCGAGCAGACCUGAAGAAAAAACUGAAAGUGACGUUUGUUGGGGAAGCGGGAUUGGACAUGGGUGGACUCACAAAAGAGUGGUUUCUUCUCCUGAUUCGACAGAUUUUUCACACUGACUAUGGCAUGUUCACAUAUGUAAAAGAGUCCCAGUAUCAUUGGUUCAGCAGCUGGAAAUGUGACAACUACUCUGAGUUCCGAUUGGUUGGAGCUCUCAUGGGCUUGGCUGUGUACAACAGCAUCACACUGGACAUCCGUUUCCCUCCCUGCGUCUACAAGAAGCUGCUGACACCGCCCAUUAUGCCGUGUGAACUCGACUCCCCCGUCGGCAUGGCGACCCUCACCCUGGACGACCUCCAGCAGAUAAUGCCCGAUCUUGCUCAUGGACUUGGGGAGCUCCUCAGUUAUGAAGGAAAUGUUGAAGAGGACUUCUAUACCACCUUUCAGGUUUUUCAGGAAGAACUUGGAGUGGUCAAGUCAUAUAACCUGAAACCAGCAGGGGACAAGAUACCAGUAACCAACCUAAACAGAAAAGAAUACGUCCAGCUCUACAUUGAUUUCCUGCUUAAUAAGGCCAUCUACAGGCAGUUUGCAGCUUUCUAUCAAGGUUUUCACAGUGUAUGUUCAUCCAAUGCCCUGAUGCUCUUGAGGCCAGAGGAGGUUGAGAUCCUAGUUUGUGGAAGUGCUAAUCUGGACAUGAGCUCUCUGCAGCGAGUGGUACAGUACGAGGGCUACAGCAAGACUGACGCCACCAUCCGGGCCUUCUGGGAUGUCGUACUGGCCUUUCCUUUGGAACUACAAAAGAAACUUCUCCACUUUACAACAGGAAGUGACCGUGUUCCUGUGGGAGGAAUGGCCGACCUCAACUUCAAGAUCUCCAAGAUUGAUGUAUCCACUGACUGGCUGCCAGUGUCACAUACAUGCUUCAACCAGAUCUGUCUACCUCCAUAUAAGAGCAAAAAAGAACUAAGGCAAAAGUUAACAAUUGCCAUUUCAAAUUCAGAAGGCUUUGGAUUAGAGUAGAUUACAGUUGCCUCAGUAGCAGACUGAUCUCAUGAAAAUUACGUGACUAUGGCAACAUUUUUGCAAAAUGAUAUUAAGUGGUUCCUUACACAUAUUACAGCAGUUAUGAGGUGAAAUGUCCACUGAGUGAUGCUUAAAGCAAAGAGGUUUUUAACUCCUUGCCCUAAACCUUAAUUCUUAACCUAAUCAAUUGUGUCACAAAAAGCAAAUGUGACAUAAAAGAUGCAACUGCUAAAGCGACCAUAUCAUUUUGUGGUGCUUUAAUAACACUUUCGGUGUCUGUGUUUUGAUGUCAUAAGAUGAUAUUGUGUGAGGAAAAGGGCAAAAAGUUAAUGUUUAUCAAUAGAUAAUCUUCUGUUGUACUUGUUUUAGCACUUCUAGUGUUUCACCAAAGAACUGCCAUGAUAUGUACAAUGAGCCUAGUAAAUUUCAUUUUGCAAAACUAUAGUAAUUUUAUUCAAUGAGACCAGGUUGCUCUGUAGACAUUAGGGUUGCGCUUCAUUAAAAAUGCCAUUUGCAUUGAGGUUGCUAACAGGAUGGAGAAUUGUAAGUUGAAUUUGAACUUAAAGUAGAAUUAAAAUGGAAUACAUUUUUUUUUUAAAUCAUGUAACUGCCAGAAGUGACAUUUUUAAUAACAGAUUUUGUUCUAUGCAUCACUUACCCUUAAACAUCAAUGUUUUACAUGGCAGCUAUAUACAUUUAUAUUUGAUUCAUAUAUUUCAUAAUAUUUCAUAAAUUAACUUGAAUUUUCCUGGAAGAACACUUCCCAGAAUGCCAUUUUUACCCAUAUAGAUUUUUUUCCAAUUCAACAUCCUGUGACCAGUUCAAUUCAAAUUCUCAUUAUAUAAUGGGAGCCAAUUCCUAAAUUCUGAGAUAUGCUCAACAUUGGUAGAGAUUAUAAUCUACGGUCAUGACUGUUUUCAUUGUGUGUUUGAUUAAUUAAGUUUUAAUACUUGUUAACAAUAUCAGGUAAGCAUGAGGAUUACGCACAGCAUUAAAAUGUAAGGUCUAGAUGUAAAGUUUCAGCAGUAGCCAAUCAAAAUGAUUGUGUUGUAUUGUGGAUUGUGUGUACAGUGUAGUAUUUUUUGUGAACCAGGGUUCUAUGAGGAAUCCAGUUAAGCUAUUUGUCUUUAGUCAUUAUGUACAGUAAUUUGGACUCAUCAAAAAUGACUGAUGUCUUAGUGAAGGACCAAACAUUUCAUGUUGUAUUAGAAUAUUUGGACUAAAUGACUAAUAUAGAUUAAGUUUAUUUUAACUGCAUAUUGCUGAUAUGUGAAAUUAAAAAGGUUUAGGAUUUUCUCUUUAACAUGGGUCUGGUUUUAUGUCCCAUGCUCCCCUAUUUAAAUGUUGGUAAGUGGGUCAGUAAGAGGCUUGAGCUCUGCUAAAAUAGCUGGGCAAACGGUCUGUCAAACCAUCCCUGCAUUCUUAAAGAGACAGCGCUCUGUCUCCCGGGUUACGAGAGCCCACAGUUAAUCAAAGCUUCUGUGUGAAAUGAUUCUGGUGAGCUGUUAUAACUUAAAUGUUAAUAAACCAGAGCUUUGGUUUGUGUCUGAGCUCAAACAGCACAGUUUUGUUGCGUAUAGUUUAGAAAUCAUUGACAACUCUUUCUUAACCUCUCUUGGGCAUGAACAGAAUAUUUCUAAAGUGAUUGUUGUGAAUUAUUUGCACGUGUCAGUGAAUGUUUUCAUGUUGUUGACUAGCCAUAAUGAGGAUGGACAAUUUGUGCUUGUUUCUUUUUAUCUUGAGUGAUUCUGGUUAUUCUUCAAAUAGACUGGUGGACAGCAGUAUUGACCACAAACAGUUUAAGAUGAUUUUAUUUUACGACCCAUGCCCUGCCUUGUGAUAUCGGUAGGAAUUAAACUUUGAGGGAAAUUGGUCAUUCUCCCCUUCUAUCUUGGUGUCAUAUUUUCACAUAUUUCUGCCUUAUUAUUGGUCACUGCCUGUGGGGUUUGGACAAUGUUAUCUGAUAUUCAUUGGAUUUACACAGUGGCUUUAUCUGCAUUUAUCUCUUGUAUUAUCUGUCAACCUGAAUCACUUCAGUGUUAAUGCCUUGGUUUUAUGUUUUCUAAUGACUGAAUACAAAUGUAUUUACAUGUAUUUAUUUUAACUUUGCUCAUUUUUAAUGAAUAAAGUUAUACAGUAAAGUGUU